CUUUCGGGGACCGGAAAUCCUUUGUAAACGCCCAGAUUUUACUCUUCUUUGACUCUUGGAUGUUUGUAAAAUGUCUAGGAUUCAGGAUAUUUCAGUUUGUCCUAAAGAGGCCCAACAGCUUUGAGUGAGUGAAGAAGAGAUGUCCACUGAUCUGCAGGAGAGGAACUCCUGUCUGAACCAGGAGAUUACCAAGGCCCCACAUUUUAAAGAGUCACCGGAGGAAUUGUUGAGCAGUCAGGAAGGAAAGCAGUAUCACUGGCUAGAGAAUGCUGAUAAAAUCAAGUUCACUUUUGUUCCUGUCCCUGUCAAGAAUGAAAAAGAUGAAGAGAAACCCCACUCACAGCUUCACCAAAGACCUACUGAACUGAUGGAAACACCAGCUGAUGAGGAAAACUGUGCAGAAGCAGCAGCUUGGUAUGAUGAUCCAGAGGGAGAUUUACAACUAGAGACUGUGGUGAAGAGUGAGGACUCUUCUGAAGCUGACACUGAUGACAGUGCUGAUUGGAGGGAGACUACAGAACAUCAGCCUGGUAUAAACACAGUAGAAAACAUCAAAAAUAAGAGAAGCGAAACUUCUUGGAAGAAGAAACGAUAUCACUGCUCUGAGUGUGGUAGAAUAUAUAAAAUGAAAAGGCAGCUAAUGAAACAUAUGAUACUUCACACAGGAGAAAAACCUGUCAGCUGUUCUAAAUGUGGUAAAAUGUUUUCUCAACGGAGGUUUUUGGCCCAACACAUGAAAAAACACUUAGAAGAGAAACCUGGUCAGCCUGAGUGUGGCAAAGAAAUUGACCAAACCAAUCACAUGUUAGUUCACACAAGACAGAAAUUCUUCAGCUGUACUGUGUGUGGUAAAACAUUCAUCUGUAAAGCUUCCCUGGCCAGACACCGGAGAACUCAUUCAGGAGGGAAACGCUUUGGAUGCUCAAAUUGUGGUAAAACAUUUGACAAUAUGAGUGAUCUGGACAAACACAGGAGAACUCAUUCAAGAAAGAAGCCUUUUAGAUGCUCUGAGUGUGGUAAGAAAUUUAAGAGUCUGGAUUCUGUUGUUACACAUCAUAAGAGAUGUCAUGCAGGAGAAAAAAAGCCAUUCAACUGCUUAGAGUGUGGGAAACAUUUUAAUUCCAAUUGUCAUCUGAAAAAGCACAUGGAUAUCCACUCUAGAGAGAAACUCUUUAACUCCACUGAGUGCAAGAAAGAAUUAAGUCUUAAAGAUUUGGUGAUGAAACAGAUGGAGACCCACACAGCAGAGAAACGCUUCAGCUGCUUUAAGUGUGGAAAAAGUUUUAAGAGUUCAACUAAUCUGUCUAACCAUAAGUUAGUUCACACUAAAACGAAAACCUUUACAUGCUCUGAGUGUGGUAAGCGAUAUCGUCGAAGCAGUUCUUUGACCAAACACAUGAGAACUCAUACAGGAGAGAAACCCUUUGUCUGCUCUGAAUGUGGUAAAAGAUUUGCUGAAAAAAUUCAUGUGGUAGUACACAUGAGAACUCACUCUGGAGAACAGCCCUUCAGCUGCUCUGAAUGUGGUAAAACAUUUAUCUACAAAGCUGGUCUGACCAGACACAUGUUAGUUCACACUAAACAGAAAUCCUUUAUCUGCUCAGAGUGUGGCAAAAACUUUACACUCAGACAACAUCUCACACAACAUAUGAUAACACACUCGGGAGAAAAACCCUUCAGCUGCUCUGAAUGUGGCAAAAAAUUUACACGACAAGGUUAUCUGAAGGUCCACAAGUCAAUUCACAUUAGAGAGAAAGUUGAAACUCAAGGGAUGAAUACAUGAGCUCUAACAGGAGGGAGAAAGCCCUCAGCUGCUCUGACUGUGGUAAAAGAUUUGAGAAGAUUCUCUGACCAGACAUGUUAGUUCACACUUUACAGGAGAGAGAAACUCUUUAACCCUUAGAGCUCACGUGGCACGAAUCCAUGCCACAGGCACACCCCCUUUGUAAAUUGCUUGAUAACUUGUGAACCUUAAGUCAUAGACCCUAACUUGUUUAUUUCCUGUAAGAGCUAUAUGUUGUGCCUUUCUAAAUAUGUUCUUCAUGCAUUCAUAGCUCUUCCAGAACAUUUUGUAAUAAGCCUGGAACUUGGCUGACUUUCCAGGGUCUCUGCAGCAUUGUCGAAUACAACAGGAAGUGACACAUUUUGUAAAAAUGUUGAUAACUUUUGAACCAUAAGUCAGACACUUACUCUUUUUUUCCUCUUAAAGCUGACCAUUUCACUGUUGGUUUGCUACCCUCGAUGUCUCCGUAGCCCUAAAGAACGCCGUUCUAGCGAGCCUGGAACUUUGGUGACUUUUCAGGGUCUUUAUGGAUUAAAUCCACAUUGUUAGAUCAAUAAUAAGCAUCUUUUUGUCCAUUUUUAAUCAAUUUUUGAUCAUUUACGUAGGCUUUCUUCGGUGGGUAGUGCCAUAUUUGUUGAGGGCAAUGUUACAUGCAAUGCACUGAGUGAGAGACUGUCCUCCAAUAGCAAGAUGUUGCGUCUCUACUGCUUAAAGGAAUGGCACAAAUGAAUCUAACUGCAAAAAAAAAAAAAA